AUGCAGCAAAGUAAUAAUUCUGUUGGUGCAUUUAGAAAUGGUCAAAUUGGAGGACAAGUCCAAGAAGUGACUCCGGGGGAUUCAAUGGGUACCAAUGGAGACCAGUAUUUCAGUGCCACCUUUAAUGCAUUGGGCAUACAAGAUUUCCCUCCAUUUAGAGGAGGUCCCCGGCCCAGGAGUAGCAUGGGCACUCUACAUCCCGUCGCAGCAAAGCAGUUCGGUUCUACUUCUGGCAUGGACCAGAUGCCUGAUGAUUUUGCAGCUCUUAACUUGGCAGUUGGACCCUUGCAUAACAAGGGCCAUAAUAUUAUGACUGAGUUUGAACCCAAGUCUCCUGGUUUGCCUCACAGCUCAAGCACAUCAUCAUUCGCCUCCUAUGCCUCCAUGUUUGGCCAAAGCCCAGUGACAACGGUGGCAAAUUCAGGACAUUUUAUUCCAAACUCCACAGCAUUGCCAGCCUCCGGCGCAUCAGUGCACAACUCAUUGUUCCACCAGGGCAUCGCCAACCCCUCACCAUUACCACCUACCAGCGCACCAACUCAUAACUCAUUGUUCCACCCAGGUCCUCAUGGACCCCUGGGUUCCACCCCGGGUGCCCACAACCUGGCACCCGUUUUCGGUGCUUCUCCACAGAAUGUGUCAGCGGCCGCACCAAACCCUGUCAGUAUGUUUGGUCCCAACCUUCAGAGCUCUGCACCAGUCUCCGCCAACCCUGUGUCCACCAAUGGUCUGGUCUACACAUCUGCAGUCAGUCCUGUCCACAGCCCUCAUAUUUCACCGGUCAACUCACCGUUGUCUGGUCGCCGGCUACAGUCCCCCAAUCUGCCCUCACUUCGCCAGGUGACUAUUCCACAUAAGUCGGCCUCUUCCAGUCUUGUUCAGGAGAGUGUUGGAGGCACAACUUACUUUUAUCACCCAGACGAUUUCAAGCCACAGAACGAGGGGCCUCAGCUUUCCCUGCCGUCUUUCUGUGUCUACCCCGCCAUGCCAGCCCACGUUGUUCACCUGAGGAUGAAGUCUUCAGUGCCCCAGUAUUUUGCUCCAGAUGAACUGAAAAUGGAUAUUCUCAACCGUCAUGUUUUGACAAUGAUGCAAACCGACCCGGCGUCCCCCAUUGGAGUGGAUCUACCCUCAGAAGUGGACAACUACCAGAACCUCUGCCCCUUGGAGAGGAUUGGGCCUUCGAAGCCUUCAAUUGGAAACUUGCCUUCAACCACAUACAAAGCCCUGUGCACAAAAGAUGGUUUAUAUUACUGCCUGCGCAGAAUCCAUGGAUUCCGAUUGGCUGGAACCAAAUUUACCUCCAUCAUAGAAAACUGGAAGAAACUCUACCACCCAAACGUUGUUAUGCUGAAGGAAGUCUUCACUACGAAAUCUUUCAAUGAUAAUUCCAUUGUGUUCGUCUAUGACUACCAUGCUGGUGCAGAGACACUGAUGUCCAGCCUCUUCUCUCCACACCACAUCAACGGUUACAGCCAGCACUCUCAUCACCCCUUCUCCAGGGAACACGGCAAAAGUAACAACACACAGCGUAGUGUGAACAGCAGCCUGUUGCCAGAGAGCUUGAUAUGGACAUAUAUCGUACAGCUGAGUUCUGCCUUGAGAGCUAUCCACUCGGCCAAUCUGGCAGUCCGGUCUUUAGAUCUCAACAGAAUUAUUGUCACAGGAAAGGCCAGGUUGAGGAUCAACUGUGCUGGUAUCCUGGAUGUGAUCACUACAGAGAACAGUGCAGCCACACAAAACAUCAACGCUUACAAGCAAGAAGACCUGACAGCCAUGGGAAAGAUCAUUCUAGCUUUAGCCUGCAACAGUUUGAUGUGUGUCCAGAGAGACGGCAUCCAGUCGGCAGUGGACUUAGUGCAGAGGAACUACUCUCCAGACCUCAAAAACCUCAUCUGCUACCUGUUGCAGAACCCAUCACGUGUGCGGAGUAUUAAUGACGUGAUGCCAAUGAUUGGCGCUCGCUUCUUCACACAGCUAGACACAGCUCACUUGCGCAGUGAUGUCAUCGAGAAUGAACUAGCCAAGGAAAUAGAAAAUGGCCGAUUGUUCCGCAUCAUGGUUAAGCUGGGAUGUAUCAAUGAAAGGCCAGAGUACAACUCGGAGCCGUCCUGGGCAGAGACUGGGGACCGUUUCAUGCUGAAACUGUUUAGGGAUUACCUGUUUCACCAGGUAGAUGACAGGGGAGUACCCUGGGUAGACAUGGCACACGUCAUCCAGUGCCUCAACAAG